AUCAAAUUCUUUUAAAUUAUUGAAGAAGUAUUUCAAUACUCAAAAAUGUUGAGGGUGACAAUUUUUUUCGGCUUAAUCGCUGGAUCUUUUGCUUACUAUACACUACUCGAUGGUCAUUGUCCAAAAUUAUUUUCUAAGGAACCACAUGAAGCCGAUAAGGUUCCCGGAGACUACUAUCUAAUUAAGCGCAACGUCGAAAAUUGGAAUAAUCACGGAAAAUGUUUGAGAUUACAUUUUGACCCACCUGUAGAUGGCGAAGUGAGAUGCCGUACCACUAGCGUUUCUACAAAAACCAACGAAACUUCAGUACUGGAGUCCAAAGUAACAAUAGAUAAGAACUAUAUUGUACAUUUCCGUCACAAACUGCCAAUUUGGGGUGAUUAUGAUGAAUACCAGGUGGUUCUUAAGUCAGAUUAUGUAAACUAUACUAUCGCCGUAGGCUGUCGCAAUUUCGGACAUAAACAUAUUGAAAACGCCUACGUAUUCUCAAGAUACAAAGAUUUCUGCGACGACGACUUUGUGGACAGAGUGUUUGACAGUUACGGCAUCGACUAUCCAAAUUGGGUUCGAAUUGAUCAAGAAAACUGUGAUGAUUGUAUAGCAUAAUUAUCAAAUUAGGUUCUAUGCAAUACGAUUUGUUUCAUUUUUGGAACUGUUAAAUUAUAUAAAUUAUAUACGUUAAUAUUUGUGUAACAUUGUUUUCUGUAUAUGAUCACUAUAUAAAAUAAAGGCCUAUAUAACACUAAA